AAUUGUGGAAUAUUCUCGUUUGGAGUUUCAAGUCUGCGCGGUCUGUACUCGCGCUCCCUCUACUGCCCUGUAUGAAUACUGUCUUCAUUUAAGACACCUUAAAAAAAAAAAAAAAAAAAAAACUUGGCACCAAACGGCCGCCCGGCUUCUUCAUCCCGUUGGAAUCUCAGGAAUACAAAGUUCUUAUCUCGCUCCACACGUUGCUUGUCGGUGACUAUUGUCAAAGAGCAUUGUGUUUGCGUGAGCGAGCGCGCGGGAGGCGGAGAGCGCGCGUAUAUAAGCGCUUCUGUACAGGGGUGUGCUCGAGAAUACAGAAAGAUGCACAAGUGCAUUAAGACUGCAGCUUUAUAGUGCAACACUCAACCCUUUUAGCUGUUUGCGAGUUUAUUGGAUUAUCACCAUUUGUGCCACAUCAAGGACUUGCAUAAGAUUAAAUAAAAUGGAUUUGAGGAUUAUUUUUCCAUUGUUGUCCAUGCUGUCAUCUGGAAUUUUUGAUUUGGUUGCUCCAGCAUCUUUGGGUCAUGACACAGCACAAGACACAUCAAUCUCGUGCGACACCAGGACUAAGAGAUGUUCCUGCGCAAGUUUUAUGGAUAAAGAGUGUGUCUAUUUUUGCCACCUGGACAUAAUAUGGGUCAACACACCAGAGCGAACAGUGUCAUAUGGACUUGGAAACGCUCCACGUAAGAAGCGCUCAGUAACAGAACCUGUUGUGUCCAAGUCACGCUGCAAAUGUGCAGAUAGUCAAGACAAAACAUGCUCUUCAUUUUGUCAGCUGGACAAUUCCUUACAGCAUAAAGCAGCAUCAGACAAGGCAAUCCAUGCCGCCCAGGGCCAAGAUUGUGCCAAGAAGCAAUGCAAAAACAAGCUGGCAGACAAACAGACAAAGAUUAGACGGAUGAAAAACACAAAACAGAUUGGUGACAUCCUCUCCAAGGUGAGGGCCAUCAAGAGGAUCCAUCUUCUCCUGGAGAAAUGGCGAGUGAGGCAGCACCACAGGGCAAGAGCGUGGACGUCUGAAAACGCUGCCUCUUAGAGCUCCUCUCUGCUCAUUUAUCGCACACGUCUUGUGUUUUCAUGCUAUGGGGUGUCAUCAGGUGUGUUGGAAUACCUACAGAUGCAAGCGUCUUGGAUUGUGCUGUUUGUCAUGUGGGCUCCACCUUAGAGGUGAGUCAGUAUCAGUGUGCCAUUGUGGAGCUCAACGGGAUGAAAAACCAAGGAAGAUGUUGACUGAAACAAACCAAACCUCAAAUUAUAAAGACUAACCUCUACCAACACUAAAUGUUUCUGAUCUAGACCUUUUGGUGCAUGGGAUAACUAGAUGGAGAAGCCAAUUGGGAUGUUUAAAUUAAACUGAUUGCAAAUAAAGACUAGCAUUGAAGAUAUUUGUUGCACAUGCGGAAUUUGCUGUAACUAAAUGAAACUGUGGAAUCAUGGACUCCAGAAACCCAAAGAGAUGUGUCGCUCAUCAGAGGACACUGAACAUCAAGCCACUACAAGCCAAAGACUCUUUCUUGGAUCUUUUUACUGGACUCAUUAACUUUAUUCAGUGUAAAACAAUGAAGCUCUGCAGCUGCGUCAAUGCUUCAAUGGAAUUGCUGUUUUUCACAUUUAUGUUAAAUAUUUAUCUUUAGCCAUAUUGGCUAAUAAGAUUUUUCUCAAUGUUAUUUCUAUGAAAUGAUAGCAUUUUAUUGCCAUUAAUGUGGUAAACUUUGUUAGGUAAUAAUAAAUAUUUUGCAUUAUUUAAACAACUUCAGUUGCUUGUGAAUUUUUCUGCUUAUUUUAUGUCCCACUGAAAUGCAUAAUUUUGUUUGCUCUAACAAUAUUAACAUUUCAUAGAACAGAAUCAUGUGCCCCAACUGCAAUGUGUAUAUAGAUAUAUAUAUAUAUAGAGAGAGAGAGAGAUACUUAUACUAUAAAAGUACCAUGGUCAAACCAUGUCACCAUAUUUUUGUAAGCAGUCUCUGUGCUGAUUUUAAAAUGAUGUAAAUGUGAUAAAAGACACACAGUAAACACUUUCAA